UUUCGGGACGGUGGCGGGAAGAUGGCGGCCCCCAGGGACUGGCUGGGAGCGGUGGAGGAAGAGGGGAACUCGGGUCUUCAGGGGAGCUCGGGAGUGGAGGUGGUUUUUCCUUCUGAUCCCGCCACGCCUGCCCCGCUGUGCCCUCACGGACCCACUCUUCUGUUUGUAAAGGUGAACCAAGGGAAAGAAGAAUCGCGGAGGUUUUAUGCCUGCUCAGCCUGUAGAGAUAGAAAAGACUGUAAUUUUUUUCAAUGGGAAGAUGAAAAGUUGUCAGAAACUAGACUUGCUGCCCGAGAAGCUCAUAACCGAAGAUGUCAGCCUCCUCUAUCCCGAACGCAGUGUGCAGAAAGGUACUUGAAGUUUAUUGAGUUGCCCUUGCCUGAGAGGAAGUUUUGUCAAAGAUGCCAGCAGUUGCUGUUGCCGGACGACUGGGAGAAGCACCGCGAGCACUGGGUGGUGGGCAGCAUCUCUGUCGGCCAGCUCAGAAGGCCCAGCCAGCUUCUCCGUCCACUGGAGAACAAGAAGACAAACGCCCAGUACUUGUUUGCCGAGCGUACCUGCCACUUCCUGGUAGACCUGCUUCCUGCCCUUGGGCUCACGAGAGUACUGUGCGUUGGCACACCAAGGUUGCAUGAGCUGAUCAGGUUGAAAGCAUCCGGUGACGAGAAGUCUAACAUUAAAAGCCUUUUAUUGGAUAUUGAUUUUCGGUAUUCACAGUUUUAUAUGGAAGAUAGCUUUUGCCGUUAUAACAUGUUCAACCAUCACUUCUUUGAUGGAAAGGCUGCCCUUGAAGUAUGCAGAACAUUUUUACAGGAAGAUAAAGGUGAGGGAGUCAUUAUGGUGACAGAUCCUCCUUUUGGUGGCUUGGUUGAACCUCUGGCUGUUACAUUCAAGAAGUUAAUUGCUAUGUGGAAAGAAGGUCAAAGCCAAGAUAGCAGUCACAAAGAACUACCUGUAUUCUGGAUUUUCCCCUAUUUUUUUGAAUCCCGAAUUCGUCAGUUUUUUCCAAGCUUCUGCAUGCUGGAUUACCAGGUAGAUUACGAUAAUCACGCACUUUAUAAACAUGGAAAGACAGGUCGAAAACAAUCUCCUGUGCGUAUUUUCACCAAUAUCCCACCCAGCAAAAUAAUCCUUCCUAGUGAAGAAGGGUACAGAUUUUGCCCUUUAUGUCAACGAUAUGUUUCCCUAGAGAAUCAACACUGUGAGCACUGUAAUUCUUGCACAUCCAAGGAUGGCAGGAAGUGGAACCAUUGCUUUGUCUGCAAAAAGUGUGUAAAACCUUCCUGGAUUCACUGUAGCAUUUGCGGUCACUGUGCUCUUCCAGAUCAUUCCUGCGGGGCCCCUAAAGAUGGCUGCUUUAUUUGUGGUGAAUUAGAUCAUAAACGUAGUACUUGUCCUCAGAUCACUGCAUCUAAGAAAGUGAUCAAAGCUGUCAGAAAGCAGAAGCAAAGAAAAAGUAAGAAGACGAAAAUGGAGACCGUUAAAGAGCAAUCCAUGAAUCACACAUCUGUUACAAGGAAGAAGAAAAGGAGAGAAAGAGCCCAUCAAUAUCUUUGCUCUUAAAUGUCCAGUGACUUGAGAAUAAGAAAGAUUUAUAGUCCAACCUUUGAUGCCAUUUUCUGAAAGUGCCACACUGGACUUAAAUUCUGUCGCUUUCAAAGGUAUGCGCCUUUUGAAGCCAGAAAAUAGGCAGGUGGCAUUUGUUGGUGUCUGGGCCCCUCAGCAGCCUCUCUGGAGACCUGGGGAGUUGUCCUUAGCUGGUUUGCCAGACCUCUCCGUGUGCCUUCUUUCACUCUUCAAAUCUGUCCCAGUCGUAUCAUUUUGGCCUCUUUUGAACAAUGGGCAUAUAGCAUUCUUUUACAGAAAGUGUCAGAAGAGGAAUGAAAGGGGAGACUUGAGGUCUUGUUUAUAUUGAACACGAGUGUGUUAGACACAGGAAUGUUGUAAGUCAAACAUCAAAAUACUGCAUGAUGGAUUAAACCCCACUUGCAAAGAAAGGCACAAUGAGCAAUUAUUUGGGGACAAAAACUGAAGAUGAUGGGAAGAAUUUUGACGAGGAUAGUCUAAAGAUAUCAAGAGUAUCAUCAUGGAUUUAUGAUUAAAUAUGGGUUUUUCAAGUA